AGUGCUCGUUUCCAAAAUGGCUUCCACAACAGAACGGACAAUUUCGGCUUGUAAUGGGCUUCAAAUUUCCAAGGUUUCCAAUAACUGGGCUGAAAUAGCUUGGAGUUCUGAUUUUUUUGAACCACUAGAGCUUCCAGAUUUGCUAGAAAACUGCAUAGUGGACCGUAAAUAUUACAUCAACGAGCUGCAAAAUUUGUUGUUAAUUUCAAGGCAGUGGUCGCGAGGAAGCAGUAGCAGUUCAAAUGAUGGUGAGCUUUUGCUUUGAUUAACUACAAAGUGAGCUGUUGAUCGGAGCUUUGCUAGCCUUCUUUUUGGUGAAAUAUAGAAUAUAUAGGGACAGGCCAGAGAUAUCAACGGGGCUCUCUGGGCUCUGUUUGAGCAAAAAAGCUUUAAAACCACUUAGAGAGAUUCCAUGAUGUAACCGUUUAUCUCGUUUCAUUCAUUGGAACAAGCAAUUCGUGUGGUUAACCCUUUCAACCCCAAGAGUAUCCAACAUCUUUUUUCUCCUAAUAAUAUCGGUGCAUCGUCGAGAGAAAAGGUCAUGAGAUUUUAUAAAAUGGUCAGCGAAGGGAAAUGCUUUGAUCUUCUAUCAAAUUCUUUCAACUAAUUUUUUUAAGUAAGUGUAUGCAGACCAGUCUGGACAAAUUGUAUGUGGAUAUUGGGCCUGAAAGGGUUGAAAUAUAUAAGCAAGAUCUUGGAUGUUUACUCUCAAAAAUAGCCUGAGAAAACAGCUGGUUUUCCGUGAUGCCACCACUGGUUUCCCUGCGAAAUGACGUCUUAGAAACGAGCGCUGAAACUACCCAGAUCUGGGCAGUGCUUCUGAUUGGUCGUGCCGCUUGGAAAAUUUGCUUCAACCAAAUAGAAGCACAACCCAGUGACACUUAGUCAGUACCAUGGAACCUCGAUAUAACGAACCUCUAUGUAACGAAGUCCCUGGUAUAAUGAACAAUUUUCUUUACCCCAGUAAUUGUAAAAUAUAUAGAAAAGAACCUUGUUUUAAUGAAGCCUCGUUAUAGCAAACACAUUUUGCCAGUCCCUUGGCCCUUCGUUAAAUCGAGGUUCCACCGUAUAGAAUUUCUGUGCUUGUUUCUCAGACAUCGCAAAAUGUCGGCUGCAUUCUAAGGUUAUCUCAAAAACACUGGUCGUGAAUGGCCACCGACCUACAAGGUUAAAGGUGGUGCCAGUGAGGUUAUAGCCUUUUUAGCCAGGGUGGAGUGACAGUCUUAUGUUUUGCAAGACCUAGUAUGCAUGGUUUGUAAACAAAGCCUGACCCAUACUACACAUUUUUCUAUUAUUUUACAAACUACUGUUUAGGAUUUUUCUCUAAUUGUGAAUUUCCACUCUCACCGCCUUGGAGACAGUGACAGACUCAAAUUAAUAAUAUUGAUUUCAUUGCGAACUUGAGGCUGGGAUGGAGGGUCAUUUGAGUAGUGUCAACAUGACAGUGUCAAAAUACAGUAUAUAUAAUGUUGUAGUUAAUUUUUUAUCUUUUUAUUUUUCUAUUGGUUUUNAAUUGUGAAUUUCCACUCUCACCGCCUUGGAGACAGUGACAGACUCAAAUUAAUAAUAUUGAUUUCAUUGCGAACUUGAGGCUGGGAUGGAGGGUCAUUUGAGUAGUGUCAACAUGACAGUGUCAAAAUACAGUAUAUAUAAUGUUGUAGUUAAUUUUUUAUCUUUUUAUUUUUCUAUUGGUUUUGGGUAUGGUAAUGUAUGCUAAAGAAUUUGAAACAAAGGAAAAAUAAAAAUUAACUGACAGUACUUGAGGCCAAUGAGGAAAAUUAAUUGACUCUGGUAUUAAGUUGAUGAGUAUAAGAAUACGUAUUAUUCUUUUAUGAUUUAUAAUUUUUCUUUUUUUUUUUCUUUGAUUUCCAGGAUUAUGGAAAGUUCUUUCAGAAAACAGCUUUUCCCAUAAAGUGCUGAUUUCAUUACUCCACUCUUUCAUUGGGUCCUGUAAUAAGGUAACAAGAUAGUAAUAAGUUGAAUCCUAGUUAUCUCCAUGGACUGGCCUGUAGCAUAUAAAAUGAGUUACUUAUGUUACUCUUUUCUUACAUCUUUCACAUGAGCACUUUUAAAUGAUUUUUUUAAGCUAUUAGUUUUUCAGUAUAAUAUGUUUCAUGCCUUUCUCCUGAUUAGUUUUUUCAACUUGAUCAAAAAGCAAAUUCUCCAGUCAGACCUCUGGCUGACAGAAGUUGUUAAAACAACAAGGAGGCUUCUUUCAGUGAUGAUCACUUUGAUCAAGCCUUGUUGCAUGAAAUAAAUAUGAUACUGAGCCUAAUGGGAAUGAAUGGAUUUAUUUGGAACAUUUAAACUGACUGACUUUUAAGUGUGAUUUUCAAGGCAGCAACAAAUUCUGGAUUGGAUCAACUCUGCUAGUCACUAAAAUAAUGAAAUAAAAUAACAAACAUAUAGGGAUCCAUCGGGUUAUAGACAUUAAUCCCAUCCACAUUUUGUUGGUGGUUGGUUUAGCUCCUUUAAAUACAUCAGAAAAAUGAAUGGAGCCUGUCAAGAUGAAGACUGGCCAAAAAUUCCUAGUAUACAGCUGUACAGAUGUAGGUGCUACUUUGAGAGUGCCAUCUGCACACAGUUCUUUACAAAAAUGACUCAUUUAAAUAUAGAAAAAAAAGUUUCACUUCUCUUCAACUGCAACCUUCAGCUACACUGUAAGUGACCAUAAAAUUGUAGAAAGCUAAAAAUGGGAUUGAGUUUACAUGUAUCCGUUGCUGUUCAAUUAAUUUAUGUCUUUAUUUUUUUUCUCAUAGUCAACAAAGGCUGGACCUAAACUUGAAAGCUGUAUAUUAGCCUCCAACAUUUAUAUUGUGUUGGUUCAAAUCCCUGGUAAGAUGGUAUACCUGCCAAUUAACUCUCACGCAUUAUUGAUUAGUCUCACACCUGCAAACCAAACUUAACACAUCAAUCUAGCACAUGAAGGACAAUUUCAAUUUAAAUAGGCAUAAAGUCCUUGCAAUGAUCGUCAUUGUAAAAUGUACAAUUGUUGUCCCAUUUCAGGUAGUGGAGCAUACAAGGUAUUUCACCCCUUGCUGUUCCAAAAAGCUCUAGAUGUGCUGCGAUUUUGGCCUCAGAAAGGUAAACAUUAAUAAAAAUAAUGUUCUGUAGAGCUGGUAAAAGGGAUUCCCAAGGACAGGGAUGCUGUAACAAGAUUGAUGAUAAAUGAAGUUGGUCAGUUACGCUGUACUACUUAACUGUUGAUACAUUGUCAGUCUUAGUUUGUGUUUGAAACCAUCUCAAAUGCCAGUGCCUGUUGUGGUUUUAAAUAGGAAGGAAUGAAGUUGGAGAUAUUUUUUCCUAACAACUUCUUGAUACAGUGGAAGUUCUGCUUAUGGACACGCCCAUAAGCAGACAGCUGUACUAAUGGCCACCUUCUUAAAACCCCUUUUUUCUCAACUCCCACACAAACUCUGGAUUUUUAAAUUUCCGUAAGCGCCAGCUCCUAUUACGUACACCUUUUUCCGCUCAUGAGAGCAUCCACUGUACUUGAAACAUUUUAUUUUCAAGAGAUACCUUUCUAAAGUUAGUAUUUUUAGUUUAAGAAUCAACGAUCGCCCUACUUCAAGUAACAAUACUUUUUUUGUGUUCUUAAUGGUUGCAGAAACCAAAAAGAGGAAAAGAGUUGAUGAAGAAGCAUCAAGGGGCCGCAGAGCUAAGACUCGAAGGGGGCAAGGAGGUGAGUGUGUAUACAUCACAAUGACAAAAUGGAAAAACGUGUGUGUUGGAAAGAAACAUUAAGGUAGAGUAAACAUUCUCAAGUACCAGUACACCAUAAAAGCUCUUCUGCCGGCUCUGUGGACGUGUGUCAAAACACUCAUUAGACUAGUUCUUUUCCUUCUGAAUGCAAAAACAGAAGGAAACAUGCAGGUCAUUCCAGUUCCUUUUUCAAGGCUGUAAACAACCCCUGGAUGGUGUUAGUUAGGUAACUUGAUAAAUCAUUCAGUAGAGUAUUCAAUUGAACCUCAGCUAGCAAGUUCAACCAGCUAUAAUAAUUAUUAUGGCAACCAUUGUCAGGAAGUCAGUAGUCAUGACAAAAUAACCUGGUAGGCACCUGUGAUAUAAUAUAAUGUUAACACAAACUUGCAUACCAUUUUCUCAGCCACAUAGCUAUGGCAAAAUACAUAUUGUAUCUGUUAUAGGUUAAAAUUUAACCUAGGUUGAUUCUCUGUUUCGUUUGUCUCCUAGCCCUAUUGAUUGAUUAGCCUAAUCAAUCAUGGAUUAGGCUAGGAGACAAAAGAACCGUAGAGUCAACCUUGGUGAAAAAAUUUUAACCUGAAUUUAAUUUUCACCUGUAACAUAUCCAUGGUGCAAACAUUCAAAGUUGUCUGUUUCUUACUACUUGAUGGCCUGGGUCUGUACCCAUUUUUUACCAUAGUGUUUGCAAAAAGGCUUAGAUCAUACAUUAGAUUUCCAUAAUAUUCAUAGUUCGGCCUUUUCAUAAUUUUUAUUUUAAUGUAGGUGGAAUUGAUGACAUGGAAACUGAGGAUGGUUCUGAUGUUGAUGAUGAUGAAAGUGAUGAUGAUGAUGAGGAUGUUAAUGAUGUCCAUGGUCAGGUUAAUACUGAACAAGCCAAGGCUAAUGUGAAAAACAAACUUUUGUCACUGAUGCAGGUAUGCUGAAUGGCAUAAUAAUGGCUGUCAUUAACUGGGCCAUUGGGAUUUUGCCUAGCUAUUUUAGAAAGUUAGUGAGCUGUGACUGUUUUGGAGGACACACACUACAUCAACAACACAGAAAAAGGACAAAUCCCCAACUUACAUAUUCCAGGGCUGGAGAAAACUUGCUUGUCCUUUGGGCAAAUAGCUCUCUUAUUUUUCUUGCCUGGGGCCACUUCUUGCCUGCCCCAUGGACAUGGUUUAUUAACUGAUCCACUUGGUGGCUCUUCCCUGUUAAAGUACAUCAAUUGCAAUUAAAAAAAGAAAAAUAAAUCAAAUCAAGUUAUUUACAAAUUAUGCAAUAUACAAUUAAAAGUAGAAGCAGGAUUAACAGAAUCGAAAUUACAGUAAAAGUUACUAAUCACUCUGUACUCUGUUACAUAAAAAAAUUCCUUGAAAGUCUUAAGAAGGUUCUGUGAUCUUAACAGUUUCUAUUAGUUUCUGGUAGAUUUUUAAAUAGCUUUGGUGCAUUAUCUUGGAAAGUGCCGUUUUCGGUCAGGACCACUUAUCUAAUAUAUUGAAUUCCUUGAGCACAGUUCCUUACGGCAUUCCUGUUUUAUUAUUUUAAGAUAAUCUGGCCAAGUCUCAGUGUUAUUCAAAGCUUUAACGCAUGAUUUCAGGAGGUUCAAAUCUCUUCUCUCAUUGAUUGGGAGCCAUCCCAUUUUAAAUGUAACUUAUAACUUCUAGUUAAGUCUGUUUGCGAAACAGGGCCAGAAUCCUUGUUUUGGGCCUCCACCUGUGUUCCAGGAUUUGAGAAUGUGGCAAGAUUGGGCUGUUUAAAAUGCCAUUGUUGAUCUGCCAAUCAGGUUGAAGGGAAAAUUGGAAUGCAUUUCCAGUAAUUUGUUGUGUCUGUUGGGAGCCCAGGAGAAGGAUAUCAGCGCUGCUUCGUAGAUGUUACUUAACCAGAAAGAAAUGAAAGUCAUGUUCCUAAAUAAUGGGCACAAACAAGUUUCACUUGACAUUUCAAACUAUAAGCACUAAAUGCUUUUGCUUCAAUAUUAAUUUUUUUACAGGAUGCAGUAAUGCUUGUAAGUGGCUAUUCUCUCAAAGAUUCCGAGCAGGUUCUCCAUCAUGUUAUACAAUUAUUUGUGGAGACCACAAGACUUGAAGCAUUGCCAGCUGAUCAAAUGAUUCUGAAUUUCCCUGGGUGAGUAUUUAUAGCAGCUGCUCAUAAAUUAAGCCAUAACCUGUUUCAUUAUAACCUACAACCUAUUAUACAUGUAACCUAUAUGUACAUUUAGAUAAUUAUGUUAUGUGAUUCAAAAUGAAUUGUAGAUGAAACCAAUUCAUCAAGGCUGUUUCGUUUCCACCAAAGUGAAAAAACUAUGGAUUGAACUAGUUUGAAAUAGUUCUUAUUGAUCAUGCACUCAAUUUACUGCCUGGGUGACAAUUUGUAUUGAGAAAACAGCUAUCACUAUUUUUCUUAUUUUAUGGGAAAGUUAAUGUUUUAUUAUUUUAUCCUUAGGGACCAAAUAUAUUCAGUGAAAUCAAUCACAUCAUUGGCUUACAUUGUAAGUACCUAUUGCGGUCUUGCAGUUUUUUGUACUCUGCCGCAACUUUUAUAAUAUUUAAAGUAUCAUCACCUCUUGUUUUCCCAAUGGCAUCUUUCCUUAGUUAACCAGUGUAACUCAUUCCAAGGCAGGUUUUGAAGACUACUUCCUUUUCUCUCAUUUUGUUUGUUUGUUUGUUGUUUUUUUUCAGGGUCUUGAUUGUCUUUGUUCUUCGCUUCAUGGUGAAGUUGGUGCUAACUCUCGCACUGUAGGUUUACAUUUUAGCAAAAUAAUAAAAGCCAAUUAAACCCUCUGUUUUGUAGUUUUGUGAGGAAAUUAUUUUAAAAAUGGUUUUAUAAGAAGAAUUAACCUUUUCACUUAGACUAUGCUAUGGAGAGACUAUUUUUCACCCUAUUUUCUGGAGCUAUACCAUUUAAGUGAAACUUCUUUUCAGCAGAAUCUUGGCAUAGUACUACAGGUGUUUCUUUUUUUAGGAUUUUACAAAACGAAAUCUGAUUAUAUUUUUGGUUAAUUUUUCUUGGGCUACUAUUAGGAAUAAGAGGUUUAAUUAAACAACUACAAUAUGCAAAAGUUAAAUAAUAUUAAGUUACUGCGUAUAUAGAUUCCAUUAAAUUUAAGAUGAUAAUUAUUAUUUUACUUUGGGCCGCAUCCAGAGUUUAGCAAGAACAAUGUGUCAUUUGUACUAACACGAAACAAAUUGUUGGCAGGUGUUAAAGCACUUGAUUUCCAACGUCCUUAUGGUGUUUGGAGGUUCAAUAGCUAGUAAUGGUGUUAUAGCAAGGGACAUUCAAACUCUCAAGGAUCAGGCUGUUCAUUUUAUCUGGUUAGUACUCUACUGCUUUCAAAUAGAAAAUUAGGAUAAUGCAGUUUAGAUAUUCAAUCAAAUGUCAUUGACUCUAGUUUUUCCUCUUUUGGGUGAGUGCCUUCAUCCAAAAAAAGAAAUGUGCAACCAUACAUUACCAGUAAGCUGAGCACAUAAACUAAUAAUUAUUAUUUAUUUUCAGCUACAUGACACACAAGGAGAAUGACGAGAUGUUAAGUGCGGUUCAAGUCCUAGUGCAACACCUAUGUACCAAGUGUCCCGAGCGAGCUGAGUACAGGAACAUUGUAGCUAAGGUGAGAGAAUGUUUUAAGUGGGAUGAAUUCAUUGGAAAAGUUUUCCUUUACUUUGAUUCAAACAUUUUGUCCUACAGUUUGUGAGUGCAAGGUUCAGUUUUCAAUGCUUGCAAAACAAAAAUUAAUUCUUCUUUGAAACCACUGUAAGCAUAACAAUAACCUUCGACCAGUUGUGAAUGCUUUAAGGAAAUACUUAAUACUUACAUGUGAAGUUUAAGCAUGUGGUUGUAUAGCCAGAUAUAUUGGCGGUAUGCAGUCGCUGAUAAGCACAUAUAGAGUGAUAGCUGUGUUGAUAAAGAGAAAAAGUUUAAGCAAUUAGUAAGCAAAAGUAUACUUCACCUUUUAAAUUUUUUAUGUGUUACUUAAAAUUGAAUCUGGUGUGAAAUUGGCAGGUCUAUUUUGCAAAACACCAAAUGGCCUCGGAACAGUGAACAAAUCUGAAUUUCAUUGUUAUUAGGGUCAGGAAACUGAGUGAAUCAAGUUCCAGUCCAGUUUUUGAUCAAGCUGUUAAACUGAACUUGAUUCACUUAUAUAGUUUCCUAACCCUAGUCACUAAAACUUCAGAGUCAUUUUGCCUUUCGAGUCCUUCAAAAUACUUGGCAUCACAAGUUUAUUUUUAAACUGAGAAACCAAAGGCAUUAAAUGCAUGCUUAUCUUGAGAGAUUUAUUCCUGUCUCAAAUUAUUUUCUUCUAAAACUUGAAAAAAUGUAAAAGGAAAAAAGGCAACAGAAUGAAAAAGGUAACCUUUGCAUUCAGUGUAUUUGUCACUGCAUAAAAGUAUCAGUACUGAGAGAGGGUUUAUUGUUUAAUAGAGACCUUGAGAUACACCAUUUCCGUGUAUGGGUAGAGGUAAAAUUAAUUACCCGUACACGUAGUUGUAAAUACAGGUUAAUGGCUACACGGUAAAAGGUUGAUGUCAUUAUUACGUCUGGGAAAUCAUUUCACCUUUUGUAUGACGUUGUGGUAAACAUGUUAGUUUACUCGUACCUGUAGAGAGAAACGCUGUGUCUUAAGGUCAUUAAUAUCUUCUUAUAACAGGCAGUUGUGGACAUCAUGAAAACUCUUCCAGUCAAUGUUUAUGCCAGCCUUACAGAGUGGAUCAAUAAGUAUUCCAAGAAUGCAAAGGUAUCAAAACUGUGUUCAGGGGUUUCAAUAAGCACCGACGACCGAUGAAAUGCGUCUGUUACAUUGCUCAGAGAAGUCGGCUACUUUUUCCUCCGAAGAAGAAUUAACUAGUUUGAAUAAUGUCAUGGACAAAAAUAUACUUUGUUCACACGGAAAUAACUUUGUAUAAUUAUCAUUUGUUCAUUGCUUGCAGGAGUUAAUUGUGUGGCUAAUAAAUCAAAAGUUGACUAAAACCCAAAUCUCCUUAAAUGGAAACCUCCCUCUUUUAUACUCAGUUUAGUCCCCUAAAUGCUGGAAAUCACUUAUUAGGGCUUUGCAAUUUUAAAAUUUUCUGAGGGACCAUGCCCCCAGACACCCCUUGAAAACGUGGACUGUUGAUACAGUUGGUUACUCUAUUCAAAUCUGCUGACUACUUCAAUUUUUAUUGAAAGCCCUGUGAGUUAAUGUAGUUUUCCUCUUGAGUUCUCAUUUACUUCAUAAUUUAACUUUUUUUAUUUUUGUGUUUAGAAUUAUUACUAUGUACUCCUUAAGCAAGGCAGUGACAAAACUGUUGUAAAUUAAUUUAAUUUUCAGAUCAGUUACAGAAUUUUUGCCUUGGAUGUAGUGUCACUUCUCUUAUGUGAACCAGACAGACCUCUUUCAAGUGGUAAGUAAUUAUAAGAAGAAACAUCCCAUUUUAAGAAACUCUGCAUGGAGUUAAAGAUAUAAUUUACCAAAUAAUAUGAGCUGAUACGUACACUUUACAUAUCCUCUGCAUAGUGAUAAUCUGACAGCAGAAAUGAAUUGUGUGUGCCCUAGGUUUUAAUAAUUUUAGUGCUUGGAAGAUAUAAAGAGUGUACAUGUAUAUGUUGUAAUUAUUUUUUUUUAUCUCUGGUAAUUUUUGUGUUUCUUUUAUUUUUGAGUAUGGUAAUGUAUGCUAAUGAAGUUUGUUUAGUUAUCAUUUAUUUGUUUUUGUUUUUUAGUCACUCACAUAACAUAAAAAUAAAACGUUACAUAAGGUGUUAAUUGAAAUAUAAAAUGAUGUGACAAGGAAGACUAAAGGAGCUGGGAGCUUAUAUUAAUAGGCUUCCUUAAAAUGACACCAUUAAGUAGUUUCCUGAUAAAGAUUGUUUUUAUGUUUUAAAACAGAGGAUCUGCAAGAUGAUAGGACAAAGAAGCUUCUUAGUAAGAAGUACUUGCUGGAUAUAGUUGUGGCCAGAUCUUCUGAUAGAGCACCAACGUAAGCAUUACACAGUGGGACCAGUAGGAAAGAUACACGUACAGGGCCCUUGCGAGUGUCCACUUAAUAGAGGUUCCCCCUUAAAACAGGUUUAUUUUACAAAAAAUAUGGGAAGUAAAUUUGGGGACUUAGUAAAUGUCAUAUGUUAAUUUUUUUAGGGUGCGUGCAAAAGCUCUUCAGUACUUUGCUCAGUGUGCUACAUCAGAAGACAGGUCACUGGUGUUGAAAGUUAAAGAAAUGCUUCAUGAAGCCUUAGAGAGUCCAGCAGAUGGAACACCCACAGUAAACAGACAAACAAGAGGUUGGUCAGACAAACUCUAUUUGCCUCAUUGUGGCAUUUUUGUAGGGACUUCUGUAGCAAAAGGAAAAAUAAAUGUUGUUGAACACUUUCUCAAAAUUAAAGUCUUAAUUUCAGAAUAAAUAUCAGUUAUUAUAUAAACCCACAGUGUGUGGUUCAGGUCAAAUUAUUGUGAGUCUGAUGCGGUGACCACUCAGCCAGGCUGCCUCCUGAUUUUAGAUUGGGAAAAGUACUAAAUGGGAUACCUCCCUUCUGCACCAUGAAGCAGGGGUAAGUGCACUAUAUAUUUGCGUCAGGGAAGGUCAUUGGCUUCACAAAACAGUACAAGUAAAACACUCAAACAAUGGUCCAGCCCUAAUAACAAAUGAAAAUUAGGCGGGAGAAGGAAACUUGAAACUUAUGAUGGUACUCAUGAGACUUAAAUAGCUAACAAGUUAACAUUUCUUUUUUUCACUUGUGUUUCCAUUAUUAGCUCAACAAACUGAGGUGCGGAGCAUUGGUUCUAUAAUUAGACGGCGAACUUGUGAUGAGAAAGUUGGUGUUCGAAAAGCUGCACUGCAGGUUAGUCAUUUGUCUAGCUUUAUGCAUCUGCAAGCCAGGGCUGUCAGUAAGAAUCACCUGUAACAUGUCACAUAAAAUUUAUAGUGUUCAGUUAGCUUUCCCCUUAAAUCGCCCAUAAUAUCAAGUGAGCUCAGUAAUUACAGGUGUUACAAGUUACACCCCUUAAUGAAAGCUGUGCAAGCACAGGACAUUUUUUCCCCAGAUUUCAAGCCCAGUGAAUGAACUUCAGGUAAUCAAAAUAAAGCAAUAGUUUUACUUUUUACUUUUAUGCUUCUUCAUGUGGUUGUAAGCAUCUGCAUAAUUGAGUUUUCUUGGAACAGUAAAACCUACAUGUAGCUCAAGAUUCUUAAAUCAUACUUCUCCUUGAUCUUGUAGAGAAAUCUGAGGGUCGGUUUAAAUCGUGCUCUAAUCUGCUCCCUUCCUUUUUUUUCUAAGGCUCUGGAAAGUGUCAUUACCCUGAAUUUGGAUUCUCUGGAAAAAGCG